AUGAGUUCACUGAUACUUGGAGGAAUCAAGAUGAUUGACCAGUUCAUCAACUUUGUAAUUCGCCCUCCUAGGGCUGAGUAUGAUCCUGACCAAUAUUUGUGGGAGAAGGAUUUUAGCAUCGGUGGCACAAAGUGUAAAAGACAAGACUUGGAGCUUACAAAUUCAAGGGGUCACACAUUGCGUUGCAGUCACUACAUUCCCUCAUUUUCGUUGGAGGAUACUUCUCUCCCCUGUGUUAUAUACUGUCAUGGUAAUAGUGGAUGUAGGGCAGAUGCAAAUGAGGCAGUUAUGGUUCUUCUGCCAUCUAACAUUACUGUUUUCACCCUUGAUUUCUCGGGUUCUGGCUUAUCUGAUGGUGAUUAUGUAAGCCUUGGUUGGCAUGAGAAAGACGAUCUCAAGACUGUGGUAUCUUACCUGAGAAGCAGCAAUCAGGUGUCUCGUAUUGGACUUUGGGGACGAUCUAUGGGUGCGGUUACCAGCCUUCUGUAUGGAGCAGAAGAUCCGUCAAUUGCUGGAAUGGUCUUAGACAGUGCUUUCUCAAACUUAUUUGAUCUGAUGAUGGAACUAGUGGAUGUCUACAAAAUCCGACUUCCGAAAUUCACAGUUAAAAUGGCUGUGCAGUACAUGCGGCGAGUAAUUCAGAAAAAGGCAAAGUUUAAUAUCAUGGAUCUCAAUUGUCUUAAGGUUUCAUCAAAAACUUUUAUUCCAGCUUUAUUUGGGCAUGCAAGUGGAGACAAAUUCAUUCAACCUCAUCACUCUGACCUCAUUCUCAAGUGCUAUGUGGGAGACAAAAACAUCAUCAAGUUUGAUGGUGAUCACAAUUCUUCACGGCCGCAGUUUUAUUACGAUUCGGUGUUAAUAUUCUUCUACAAUGUUCUACGUCCACCUCAAAGUUCUUCAGCUUGCUCAUCUAAACUUGAAAGUUAUUACAAUUUGGGAGAUAUUGAUAGUGCUGCUGCUUUGGACGAGAGUUUUCUGUAUGAGAUCAUCUCUGGUCUUCGUUCGGCAUGUAUCGAUGUUGGAAGUUCGUCGUCUGCACCUCCUGCCUCUCUAAUGACAAAGCCAACGAAUGAGCUCCUUUCAGAAGCCACCAUGCCCAUAACAGAUACUGAUGAGGUUCUUGAAGAAAAUAAUGAUCACAACAUGGAUGAGGGGAAGCUUAUUGAUCAGUUUGAAGAAGGCUGUUCGUUUACAAGCUCAAACAGGGAAAGCUGGGGCAGAUGCUCUUCACUAGGAGGCACUGAGGAAGAUGAGAGCUUGACAACGACGGGCGAGGUUGAUCAGGUCGAGAAAACUGCUGUUAUAAACGCAGAACCAAAGCCAACAGACUCUACUAAAGAAGAAGAAGAGAGGAAGGAAAAGAGAAUAGAGAAAGGAGGUGAAAGAGAUGCAAAGAAGCCUAGACGUGAGAAACUGGAAAGGCUAGAGGCCUUUAGCAAAAGACUGCGGCUUUGCAUCAUAAAGCGAGUUAACCAUGGAAGACAUCAUCGUUCGCAACCCUGA